AUGUCGUGGAUGUCGGUCCAGUUCGGGUUCCUGGCCUACCUGGUGUGGUGGGAGUACGACUGGGACAUCAUGGAGCCCGUCACCUACUUUGUCGCCACUGGGACCUCCAUCGUCCUCUUCAGCUACUUCCUGCUCACCAGACAGGAGUAUUCAGAGGGAGGAGGUCAUGAGAGAUACUACCUCAACUACUUCCAUCGCAGAGCAAAGAGACAGGGAUUCGACGUUCAUAGGUACAACCAGCUGAAGGAAGCCAUUGGAAAUCUCCGACAGAGGAUGGACAGACUCCACGAUCCUCUACAGCUCAAUCUCCCUUCUCCAUCACCCUCUACCAAUCUCACAGCAGGCAGCAAUUAAUAGACUUUUUGCCUAAAAUGCAUGUUUGACUGUCUAUUAUUGGCAACCACUAUAAUUAUAGCACUAUUUGACAUGGCCCAAUUCUCGAGUAGGUGUAGCACUGGUUUUAAUGUUUCUAACGUGUAAUGAUGCUAAUUCGAUCAACAUGUAAUUGAUGACGUAAUCUCUAAAGGUGUCAUCUUCCGUGCAGUGUAUAGAUUAUUUGAUCCAUUGAUCUG